CUGAGAAUAUUGUAAUAGACUUGACAGCUCUUGAUGUAGGCUGUUCAUUAGCAGACCGGGCUUAGUUCGCCACAAUUAAAUUAGAGCAAUUAAAGAGUGAAAAGAUCGAAUCAGUAAGGACUUUUGCUUUGAGUGGCUGAUCUCUUGAUGCCUCCAAAUAAAUCGCAUGCGAGAGUGAGGAAAUAUCCGUGUGAUUAUUUUCAUCAUGACAUUAAGUUUUUCGUCCUUCUUCAUCAAAGACAUCCUCACUGGACGUGAUGCCUGGGGGAAGCCCGGUACCAGGAGUACAGAGGAGCUCCGCGUACCAAAGCGCAACACCUGCACCGGGCAUGGUGGUACGAGAGUCCCUGAGCUGUCUCAUCAAGAAGCGGAUGAGAACCGCAUCCACCCGGAGAGACUUCCUGUUGAUCUCAGUCUGUCUGUUGGAAACCUCCGAUCUGAUACCUACAGCGAGGAGUCCACAGGAGAGGAGACUGAGCAUAGAGACGGCGCUGCAGACCAGAAACUACACUGUGUGGAGCGGGACAAACGGCAGAAGAAGGAGGCGGAGACAGAGGAGGAGGGAUGUCACCACAGCGGGGAGAGGGUCAGCUGUUCACCCGAUGAGCGGCAGUGCAGGCCCCGUACCAAGAAGCGCUCCAGGGCGGCCUUCUCUCACGCACAGGUCUACGAGCUGGAGCGCCGCUUCAACGCGCAGCGGUAUCUUUCAGGUCCUGAACGGGCCGAUCUGGCAGAAGCUCUGAAACUCACAGAGACCCAGGUGAAAAUCUGGUUCCAGAAUCGGAGAUAUAAAACCAAACGGCGUCAGGUGGCGGCCGAGCUGGCGGCGUGCAGCUCCCAUAAGAAGGUGGCAGUAAAAGUGCUGGUGAGGGACAAUCAAAAGCAGUACUAUCAAGCGAAUGGAGUAGGACACGUCCCAAUGACUGUGCCACUGUACCAGGCCUAUCAGUACUACCCCUACCUGCACUACUUCUGCCAGCCCUGGAGCAUGAACAGCAUGUCCUGUGGAGGGAUGCUCUGAACUCCAGAGAAUGCAUGACUUGAAGUGUCUCUCCCAACUCAAGGUGUUAGCAGCUUGCUGUACAGUCAGUGGAAGUCCAUAGACACAAUGCUGUAUGUUGUCAAACUGACUGAGAUUUUUUUUUCUAUUAUGGUUAUUAUUUGCCUUAUAACUAGGAGCCAGUUUAGCAUACUUAGGGUUCAUACAAUGGAAAUAAUGUCUCUCACCAUUACUCGUUACAUUUAGAGAUAUUCUGUAAUAAAA